AAGUAAAAAAAUAAAAUAAGUUCAAGAUAGAAACUUUCUUAUCAUGUUCAGGUUCUUUCGCUCGUCUAUUCGUUCAAGAACUCCUAAACCAGUUGUAACUUCUCCAAAACUUGCAAUGUCAUUCUGUGCAUCAUCAGUUACGCGAUCCCCUUCUACUGGUGCUUCUGCUGAAGCAUUAGCAUUCAUCGACUUUUUGAAUGCCUCUCCUUCUCCUUUCCAUGCCGUUCACGAAUCAGUCCAGAGACUUGAAAAUGCUGGUUUCCAAAGAUUGAGCGAACGUCAAGACUGGGAUCUCAAAAAACAGGGCAAAUACUUCUUUACUCGCAACGGGUCCUCUGUCGUCGCAUUUGUGAUUGGAGGCAAAUAUGAAACUGGAAACGGUUUCUCAAUUGUAGGAGCCCAUACCGAUUCUCCUUGUCUCAAGGUUAAACCAGUUUCAAAGAAGGAACAAGUUGGAUACGUCGAGGUUGGAGUUGAAUUGUAUGGUGGUGGUAUUUGGCACACUUGGUUUGAUCGUGAUCUUGGUAUUGCUGGGCGUGUUAUGGUACAAAAUCAGGAUGGUACAUUUAAGCACACCUUGGUACGCAUCAACAGACCAAUUCUACGCGUCCCUACUUUGGCUAUUCACUUGGACUCUUCUGCAAAUACAGCCUUUUCAUUCAACAAGGAAUCUCAGUUUAUUCCUGUCUUGGCUACUACCGCAAAAGCUGCCCUGAAUGCCAUGCCAAAGGUUGAGGAAGCACAGGAGACUAAACACCACCCCGCCUUGAUCGGAGUCUUGGCUGAGGAAAUGGGGAUUGCACCUCAUCAAAUUAACGAUUUUGAUCUCUGCUUGUACGACACCCAGCCAGCUACUCUGGGAGGUGUCUAUGACGAGUUUAUUUUCUCUGCUCGUCUUGAUAACCUCGGCAUGUCCUAUUGUUCUCUAAUGGCUUUGAUCAAUACUUCAGACAACAUUGCAGACGAAACAAACAUUCGUUUGGUGUCAUUGUUUGACAACGAAGAGGUUGGAAGCACAACAGCUCAUGGUGCAAACUCCAAUCUUUUGCCUUCUACCCUUGAGCGUCUGGUGGCCACUGAAGUUGGUAAAGCCAGCAAAAAUACGACCAGCAGUAACAACAACAAGAUCUCGUUUGAACAAGCACUCCAGAAGAGUAUGUUGGUCAGUGCAGACAUGGCACAUGCUGUCCACCCCAAUUACAGUGAAAAAUAUGAGGAAAAUCACCGACCAGCUAUGCACAAGGGUACUGUGAUCAAGAUUAAUGCAAACCAGAGAUAUGCUACUACUGCACCCACCAGUUUGAUAUUGCGUGAAGUUGCCCGUCGUCGCAAAGUACCAGUUCAGGAAUUUGUUGUUCGUAAUGAUUCUUCAUGUGGAUCCACAAUUGGCCCUAUGUUGAGUGCCAAGUUGGGUCUUCGUACAAUUGAUGUUGGAAACCCUCAGCUGAGCAUGCACUCAAUUCGUGAGAUUGGAGGUGCUGAUGACGUGAAGAAUGGAAUUGAUCUGUUGGGUGCUUUUUUUGAGCUGUUUCCCAUUGUUGAAGCAGGUGUAUUUGUAGAUUAAGAAAAAUCUGUAGUUUUUUUUUUCAAUAACACACCCUUUACUUUGACUUGAUUUUCUUAUUCUUAUUUUAUUUUUUCCUGUUUGUUUCAAUUCAAUAACUUUUUGAGGCUUAAUAUAAUGAGAAAUUCAAGUCAAAAUCUUGACUGUGAAUUAGUGGCCCUGAACAACC